CGGGUCGGGUCUUUAUGCACGUCAGGUUCGGGUAUAAAGUGAAUUGGGUUGGCUUGGCGACUUCCGGUGAUACGAGCGACAGUGAUCAUUGGCGACUGAAUGGGCGUGUCCAUUUGCACGACAAAGUUGAGAAAUGUUUAACUUUAUGCAAAUUAUGAGCAACUUUCGGGAGCGACUACAAAUAAUAACGAAGCAGACAAUAUAUGUCGGGCUUGUGCAGAAUUCAGAAUUGAAUUGAGAAUGACUCAUAAAUUCCAAUUCAAUUCUUGAAUUUGAAUUGAAUUUGAAUUUAUGUCAAAAUAAAUUUCGUUCAAUGAACUCGUUCAGGCACAACACUGGGUAGGGGCGUGUUUGUUUAGGUGAUUUCAAAUAUCAACACUGGCUUUCAAACAUUGUGCACUCCGCCUUUAAGAGAAAAGAUAAGAUUUAUAGGACGGAUUGCUUGAGAUCACGCUUGUCUUGAGGAAGAUGAACCAGAAAACUCCAGUAUAAAACAAAGUCAUGUAACUUUUAUAUAAUCAUUGUCUGCAUUUCCUAUACCUGUGUAUUUUUUCCAAAACAUUGCUUGAUGUGACAUUACCUUACAAUUAUUCUUCUAAUACACUGAAUGAUUUUUUCAUGUUUAUAGGUUCAAUAUUGAUUAUAGAUAACAACUUAAUUAAAAAUGGCAUUUCAAGUCAAGGAACCUCAGGGAAACUCAACACUUCUGCAUGAGGUCUACCCAGAGCUUUACAUCACAGAGGGAGGGAGCGAAAAGGUCAAUGUACAUGAGGUGAGACAGAUUGACAUAUCAUCCAGAAGACCAGAGACACAAGAAACAUCAAUCAAGUGCAAAGAAAUCUUUAAAUCCUUACCUGAACAAAACAAACCCAUCAGAAGUGUGCUGACUAAAGGAGUCGCUGGAAUUGGAAAAACAUCAUCUGUGCAGAAAUUCAUUCGGGAUUGGGCUGAAGGACAGGGGAAUCAGGAUGUUCACUUCAUAUUUCCACUUCCUUUUAGAGAACUGAACUUGAUCAAAGACAAGAAUCUCAGUCUGAUGGAUCUUCUUCAUCAAUUCUUCACAAAUACCAAAGAGCUGAGAUCCACAGACCUCAAUGACUACAAAGUCCUCUUCAUCUUUGAUGGUCUGGAUGAGUGUCGGUUUGCUUUGGAUUUCCCAAACAAUCAAAGUUUGUUUAGUGUUACACAAUCAGCAUCUGUGGAUGUGCUGCUGACAAACCUCAUCAAGGGGAAUCUGCUUCCUUCUGCUCUGAUCUGGAUAACCUCUCGACCAGCAGCAGCCAAUCAGAUUCCUUCUGAGUGUAUUGACCAGGCCACUGAUGUACGGGGAUUCAACGAUGCUCAGAAGGACGAGUAUUUCAGGAAGAAAAUUAAUGAUCAGAUUCUGGCCAAUAAAAUCAUCACGCACAUCAAAUCAUCAAGAAGUUUGUACAUCAUGUGUCACAUCCCAAUCUUCUGCUGGAUUUCAGUCACUGUUCUAGAAAGAAUGCUGAGUAAGGCAGAGAGCGCAGAGAUCCCAAAGACUCUUACUCAAAUGUUCACACACUUCCUAAUCUUUCAAAUGAAACAAAAAUCUCAGAAGUAUGAUGGGAAAUGUGAACUAGAUCUUAAGGAGCUCAGAAAUACCAUCCAGUCACUGGGAAAGUUGGCUUUUGAACAACUGGAGAAAGGGAAUCUGAUCUUCUAUGAGGAGGACUUGAUACAGUGUGGCAUUGAUAUCAAAGAAGCUUCGGUGUAUUCAGGAGUUUGCACCCAGAUCUUCAAAGAAGAGUUUGGACUGCACCUCGGGAAGGUGUUCAGCUUUGUACAUCUGAGCAUUCAGGAGUUUCUUGCAGCUCUAUAUGUGUUUCUGCUUUUUGUACACAAAGCCACAAAUCUCUUUAGUUUCUACAAGUCAACAAUUAAUGACUUUCUAAAGAGAGCCGUUGACAAGGCCUUACAGAGUGAAAAUGGACACCUGGACCUCUUCCUCCGCUUUCUUAUGGGUCUUUCAUUGGAGUCCAAUCAGAAAAUGAUACAAGACCUCUUCACACUGACAGAGAGCAGUCAGGAAAUAAAUGAGUACAUGAAGCAAAAGAUUAGAGAUAAUCCCAAUACAGAGAAAUCUAUUAAUCUGUUUCACUGUCUGAAUGAACUGAAUGAUCAAUCGCUAGUGCGGGAAGUACAAGAAAUACGUUGGAAAAAGAUUUUCAGACACAGUCGACUUAAAUUGUCUCCUCCUCAGUGGUCAGCUCUGGCAUUUGAUUUGCUGAAUUCAGGAGACAAGCUUAUUGAAUUUAAACUCUGGAGAUAUAGCAGAUCUGAAAACGGUCUUCUGAAUCUGCUGUGUGUGGUCAAAGCAUCUACAAAAGCCGAUCUUAGUGGCUGUAAUCUCGGAGUGAAAGGCUGUUCAGCUCUGACCUCGGUUCUCAGCUCAAACUCCUCAAAUCUUAGAGAUCUGAACCUGAGUGACAACAAUCUGUGGGAUUCAGGAGUGAAGCUGCUUUCUGCUGGAUUGAAAAACCCUCAGUGUAAAAUUGAAAUAUUACAACUGCAACAAUGCUGGUUUAGACAGAAAGGCUGUUUUGCCCUUGUUUCAGCUCUGAGAUCAAACCCCUCACAUCUGAGAGAACUGAAUCUGAACUGUAAUAAACUAGGAGACUUAGCAGGGAAGCUGCUUUCUGAGUUUCUCGAGGAGCCACGAUGUAAACUAGAGAAACUACGAUUGUUUUCCUGCAGUAUUAAGGAGGAAGGUUGUUUUGCCCUGGCUUCAGCUUUAAGAUUAAACCCAUCACACCUAAGGGAACUGGAUCUGGGUCAUAAUAAACUAGGGGACUCUGGAGGGAAGCUGCUCUCUGAUUUUCUAAAGGAUCCACAUUGUAAAUUAGAGAAACUACUGUUGUCUUCUUGCAGUAUUAGAAGUGAAGGUUGUGUUGCUCUGGCUUUAGCUUUGAGAUCAAACCCAUCUCACCUGAGAGAACUGAAUCUGGGAGGUAAUAAACUAGGAGACUUAGAAGGGAAGCUGCUCGCUGAUUUUCUGGAGGAACCACAUUGUAAACUAAUGAAAUUGAGAGUGUCUUACUGCAGCAUUAAGGAGGAAGGUUGUGUUGCUUUGGCUUCAGCUUUAAGAUUAAACCCAUCACACCUGAGGGAACUGAAUCUGGGUGGUAAUACACUAGGAGACUCGGGAGUGGGGAUACUCUCAAAUUUUUUGAAGGAUCCACACUGUAAAGUAGCGACACUACAGUUGUCUUAUUGCAGUAUUAGAAAGGAAGGUUGUGCUGCUCUGGCUUCAGCUCUGAGAUCAAACCCAUCACACCUGAGAGAACUGAAUCUGGAUGGAAAUAAACUAGGAGAUUUGGGAGUGAAGCUGCUCUCUGAUGUACUUCAAGAUUCACAGUGUAAACUCGAAACACUACAAAUGUCUUUCUGCAGUAUUGGAAGCGAAGGUUGUGUUGCUCUUGCUUCAGCUCUGAGCUCAAACCCAUCACACAUAAGAGAACUGAAUCUGGUCGGUAAUACACCAGGACACUCAGCAGUGAGCAAGCUCAAUAAACUAGUGACUGAUCGAUACUUUAAAUUGAUUUUAUACGAAGAAUCACAAUCAAUGGCAUAGGUUACCAUUGCCUGACCAGAUUUUUUCUGCGGCACCUCAAAAAUAUCCACCCAAUCACUUCUUAAUUUAUGCACACAUAAAACCUAGACACAUAAUGAACUCCAUAGCCUCAAAAUCGUCUUAAAAAUCCUAAAACAUUUGUACUUGGAAAUAACAAACAUUUAAGAAGAAAGCAGAUUCAAUAUUACCCGUAUAAUAUAAAGCACAUAUGGGAUUUCUUUAUCCUCAGUCAUUUCUCUUGACAUCUAUUGACAUUAAAUGGAGAGAAUAUGGAAACUCCUUACCAAUUUGUCUUCAUUAGUUUUAGAAGACACCUUGGAAGUGUCACAAACUGAGCCUGAAUUGUCCAGAAUGAAGUUUCUGCAUGCAUAUUUUUUUCUUCAGUUUAAACACUGUUCAACUGUUAAUAUACAGCCCAUACAUUAAGACAUGUAACUUUUGUAGUCAUUUUAAUAAUGCAUUUUUCUGGAAUGAUUUAAAGGUUAUUUUGCAGAAAUACACAUUUAUUUGUUUUUUUCCUUUCUAUUUAAGACAAGAGCACAAGAAAGCUAACGAAAUGAUGAAAAUGUUUAUUGAUAAAUGCUUUUUGAUUUAGUGCAUGAUGGAAGACCAUUAAGUGAUUUUUUAAGAAAACAUUUCAGGAUUUUUCUCCAUAUAGUGAACUUCAGCCCUUUGAUGCAAUUUGGACCUUCAAAGCGUUGAGGUCCACUGAAGUUUACUAUAUGAAGAAAAAUCCUGAAAUUUUUCCCCCUCGAAAAACGUAAUUUCUUUUUAACUGAAGAAAAAAGACAUUUUGGAUGACAAAAUGAUUUUUUUUUAUUUAAUUGGAGUAAUCCUUUGCUUCAAUGUUUAUUGUAAUAGGAUAUGAUAAAACAGGCUUUAAAAUAUUGUCGACUGUGAGUGACACUUUCACCAUCCAUAGUGUAAUCCCGCUUGCAAUGCAGUUUGCAGUUACUGUACUUCACUAAGUAGUUGACCAGACAAAUAAUAUAAUUGAUUUAAUGUAAUUGUUUAAAUUUAGCUGUAAAUGUAUUUUGGCGUAGAUGUAUUUUAGCCUAGAUGUUUUAGUAGCUCCUAAACUGUGAAACAGCCUGGCCUUUGAAGUAGGUGAUCUUUAAUUUGGUUAUGGGAGUCUUUCACAAUUGUUUCAAUUGCAUGUAAGUUCUGUGUGUAUAUUAGAUGUUUUCUAUUUUUUAUUGUGCAGCACUUUGGGCAACAAAGUUGUGUGUAGAAAUAAAUUUAAGUUGAAGUUACUUCAUGUUGUAAGAGACCAGAGUUAUCAAAUGAAUUUACUGUAAACCACAGUUUAUUACUUUUAUAAAACCAUAUAAAAUCAUGGUCAAAAGUAUUAGCACCUAUUGCCAAAGAAUGAGGUAAAAGAUCUGAAUUGUUUAUCCUUUUGAUCAUUCAUCCACAAAAAUCUAACCUUUAUUUAAAGUAAAUGGGGAAAUCUCAUAAAAUAUGUUGUUUCAA